AGAGCUUGGCACUUAAUGUAGAAAAUAUUAAGAAAGAUCUUGAGAAGAGUACUUCCGGUUUAGAUGACUUAAAGACAGUUACAGAGACUGUAGCAUUUAAUGUAAUGGAUGCAGUGAGCUACACGGGUACUAAACCAAUUAUAUUUUCAAAUAUUUUAUUGAACGACGGCAAUGCCUACAACAAUGUUACGGGAAUUUUCACAGCACCAACUACCGGGAUUUAUCAGUUUAAUGCACACGUUUGUGGCUUGAAAAGCGCAGAAGACAUUGAAUACUACAUAAAGGUUGGCAGUAAUGUGAUUGUUACCGGGGAGUUUGAAGUGCCAGAGAGAGCUACAGAUACAAAAUGUACGUCAUUUAGCGCAGUUGCCUUGGCUCGAAAAGGUGAUCAUGUUCUAGUUGGUGGAAGUGAAUUCUCUAAAUUAGAUUAUGAAGAAAACGACUUAUCUUCUUUCUCAGGUGUACUGAUACGGGCAGUAUAG